AUGAAAGGUUAUCCACUGUCCGAGAUAAACGAAGCAAUUGGCAGCAAUAGGUCGACCUUUGGAGAGACCAUUCUAAUCGUCCAGAAGAAGAAGAUAUGGUGGGAGUCUCUGUACAAGAUUGACUUGGCCGGCAGAGGUAUCACCGAGUUUGCAAAUGAAGUACCAAUGCAGGCACCUGACAACGGUGGAUCAGUUCAGGGAAUGAUGGAAACGAUGAAAGCUUUGAUCGAGGAAGCAACAAAGAAGUUGGAGGAUAAGAUGGAUGAUGUUACCUCAGAGAUUAAGGCAAUGGUUGGGGACUUAGAUGAGAGACUUGAUAUGGUUGAAUGUUAUGUGAAUGAGCAAAGAACCAAGAAGGCUCAUGAUAGAAGCGGAGCAAGUAGUUUUCCUCUAGGUUCUGCUUUUUGGACUCCGGCCGAGAAGAGAAGAAGAAGCAGGGGAUAG